AUGGCCGACAAAAAGCCCAGGGAAGGAGUCAAGACUGAGAACAACGAUUAUAUUAACUUGAAGGUGGCGGGACAGGAUGGUUCUGUGGUGCAGUUUAAGAUUAAGAGGCAUACGCAACUUAGUAAACUAAUGAAAGCCUAUUGUGAACGACAAGACACACCUGCACAGUUGGAAAUAGAGGAUGAAGAUACAAUUGAUGUGUUCCAGCAGCAGAUAGGAGGUGUCUACUAA